GUCGGUGCAGCUUCAUGCAAACGGAUCCUCACUUGAAGACUUUGGACUGAACACGCUGCUUUCUUACUUUUUUUUUUUUUUUUUUUUAACACUGAAUUGUCAAAAGUGGCUGCACCUCCUUCACCCUGCAGACUGUUUUACGCAUUGUGCUCAGACUUUUUAGAAGUGAAUGUGAAUAUUUAAAACAAACAGAAAACAACCUCUUUACCAGUAUUAUUUGAUUGCCUCACCACCUCCACUUCGCCUCCGGGGCCUUAUUCAUUAGUAAGCACAAUCUACUUCAUCAGGUUACACGCGGCGGCGGCGGAGCUACGUGACUCCGCACAGUCUCAGCAUUACUGAAGAAAAAACGGGGGCAGAUGACUUGGAAAUUCCCGGUCAGCAUCUUUUUCCUUUUUUAAGAAGUUUGGGGGACUUUUUUUUGGAUUUUUUUUGUUGAGGAUUUAGUGCAUCUGGAGCCAUCAUCCCUUCUCCGUGCGCAGAGAACACGAAAUGAAAGUCGGUUUUGUCAUCGAGACUGUGGUGGCGCUUUAUCUGCUGCUCUCACCUGCUCAGACUCUGCCCUUGUCAAGCAUAAAUGGCACAAUGGAAGUGUUGAUGUUUCAAGAAGUGUGGGGUCGCAGUUUCUGCCGGACCAUUGAGAAGCUGGUGGAGGUGGUGCAGGAGUACCCAACGGAGGUGGAGCACAUCUACAGCCCCUCCUGCGUGCCCCUGGUCAGGUGUGCUGGCUGCUGCGGGGACGAGAACCUGGAGUGCCAUCCCACCCACACCACCAACGUCACCAUGCAGCUGUUGAAAAUCAGGCCAUCAGAGCCAGGUCAAGAAUAUGUUGAGAUGACGUUUGUGGAGCAUCAGACAUGUGAAUGUAGAAUCAGGAAACCAGUGGUGAAGGUUGAAAGGAAAAGGCAAAGGACGAGAGAAAGGAAGAGAAAGGAGAGACAAAAAUCAAAAGAAUGUGACAGGUGCCAGAUCCCUCGCAGGUAACUGCGGUGACCCAUCCGACCCCCUGUUGCAGUGCGGCUCACUAUUUAUUUCCAGCCCAGCGACAGCAUCAAGAGUCUCCUUCACUCAUCUAUCAAUACUGUGUCUGCGGCCAGAGACUCAAACGGCUGGGUUGAUUUUGCUGACAUGCUCUCCUGCUGACGGGCAGGGACGUUUGUAAUGACCAGGUUCAACAGGAAAAGUGUUUUGAUUGGUGGAAACACUGCUGUUACACACCUGACACAAUGGACAUCCCUGGGAGCCAGUGCAAUGUAGGACCAAACAGACUGAUGUCUUCUCUUUAUUCUAAGUAUUACUGUAUCAGUUAUUUUAAUUUGUCCAUUUCUUUGGUAUUUAAAGGAGGUUACACUUGUCAAAAGUCUAUAUUUAUUGAUACAGCUGAAUAUAGUUGGACCAGCAACCUUUAAAAAGUUUGUCAUCCUUCAAAGAAACAUUAUCCGAGAAUGCCUUGACUUGUCCUGAAGACAUGUAUUGGACUGAAUGUACAGCUGCUCUGUACAUGCAAUAAUGAAAUGUCUCCCUCUAGUGUUUAAAGAAGCAGUGUUUAAAACAGCUCUGUGUUUUUAAUGUAUGUUUUUCUUAGUAAAUUUUACAAAUAAGAUUCGACACAGGACACAGUUGCCAGUCCCAGCAUAUUGCAAUCUUCUACCUAUCAUUUAUCCUACAAUUGCUUUGUCUGUAUAAAUCCUCUCCCUCCAUAAGACGAGUGACAAGACACACAUUUGACUUCAUCAAUUUAGAUCUAAAUAAGAAUUGAUGUGAACUGAAGAUAUGUCAGAGAAAGAAAACAAAUGUGACAUAUCAAAAUAAUAAAAAA